AUGGCGCAGAGCAGCAAUUGCCACUCCUCCAACGUACGUGGUCAAACUUUCCGGACAAACUCCGAGGUGGUGCACAAACGUGACGAUACAAAUGUGGGCACAGCCCAUCAUUGCCCAGUGUGUGGCAAAACCUUCGUCCGAAAGUACUGUCUCACGGUGCACGAGCGGAUCCAUACCGGAGUUAGGCCCUACCGUUGCAAACUGUGUUUGAAACACUUCACCCAAAGGGCACACCUCACAGCCCACGAGCGGGUCCACACUGGCUUGAGACCCUACAGUUGCCCACUGUGUUUAAAGACCUUCAAUUCCAAGAGGAGCCUUACAGUGCACGACUGGGUCCACACGGGCGUCAAGCCGUACAAGUGUCAGCUGUGUUUGAAAAAUUACUCGGAAAAGGCCCGUUUGAGGGAGCACGAGAAGACUCACGCGGGUGCGAGGCCGUACAGCUGCAACCUGUGCUCGAAAAGCUUCGUGUACAAAAGAAACCUAGUGGUGCACGAGCGGGUCCACACGGGCGAUAAGCCCCAUGGCUGCGGCCUGUGCUCGAAGAGUUUUACCCAAAAAACGAGCCUGAAAGCGCACGAGAGGACCCACACGGGGGAGAAGCUCCACCGUUGCUUCGAGUGCUCGCUAAGCUUCGCCGAAAAGAGCAGUCUUACGAGGCACAUGGGGUGCGUCCACGCGUACCAUUGCAACGAGUGCUUGCUGACUUUCGUCCGCAACUGCGAUCUCAAAAGCCACGAGCGCAAUCAGCACUCGUUUCUCACCGGGACGAGGAAUCAAGUCAAUCAUCGAGCCAAGUGA